AUGCAAACGGCCUGUGGAUCACCAGCCUAUGCAUCCCCAGAAAUGAUCCUUGGUCGUCCAUACGAUUUUUCAACAGAUAUAUGGAGUGCCGGAAUUCUUUUGUUUGCUAUUUGUACAGAAUAUCUUCCAUUUGACGAUCCCAACAUUCAAUCUCUUAUGCAAAAGAUCGUAUAUCGUAAUGUUACAUAUCCACCACAUUUCUCUCCAAAACUCAAGGAUCUUUUAGAGAAAAUGCUGAAUAAAGAUCCGAAAGAAAGAAUUACAUUUGAAGAAAUCAAAAAGCACCCAUGGCUCGCUGAUUACCAGAAAGUAUGUGAGAUGUCUGCCGAAUCAUUUGACUCUCUCGACCAAGAUAUUUUUGAUCAACUUUCAAGAAUUGAAAAUGACAAUGGAAUACAUCGCUCACCUGAUGAAGGCCAUGACAGUGUUACAUUCAAUAUCUUAAAGCGCGAUAGAAUUACAAAUAUGUUAUAUUCCAUGGUUAAUCCAAGCAGAUUCCCUUCAAUACCUUCAUUCCCUACCAGAAUACUUCCAAAGCCAGCAGGAGCGGGUGGUCCUGGCCACGCAAUCGAAAGACCAUCCCGUCCUUCGAUUGUUCUUCCUGUCGGACCCGUUGGACAAAACGCUCAGGGCAGAAGACGAUCAGUCCUGCUUAAGGCUCCUCCAAUUAGAACUGGCCCAGCAAAACCGCAAUAUGCGGUCCCUCAGCCAACAAAGAUACAAGUUUUGCCUAGACCAAAAUGCUCAUCACCAACGCAUUGA